CGUUCUGAAAAGUUCUCGUAAGACUUUCUUCAGCGCCGAUACCCACUUUAACUCUUCGAAAAGGGUUUACGGUCAUGACUCGAUGCAAGUCCGGCCUCACUAAGUGAUGUGGUAGUGACUGCGAACAAUCUCUUUCGUGGCUGAUUUUCUAGUUUUGUAGUUUUUAGUUUCAGUGUCGUGAGUUGUCGAUUAAAUUUAUUUCGUUUUGGAUUACACGCACCCCAUAGAAAUGUUAAUAAGAAAAGUCCAGCUACUAAUAACGGCCCAUCUGAUAUGCUCAUCGUUCUCCCAAAACGAGCGCUCCUACGACACCAACGACUGGAUCCCCAUCACCCAGAAUACCGGUGAUGACCCGGAUGGCACUCAGAGGAAACCCACUGGCAGGGUGCUAAACCUCGACGCGCCAGCCCAAAAAUUCUUCCCCGACGAAUUCGUCUACAAGAAAAGUAGGCCGAGCUUCCAGACAAGGCCGAAACACAAGGAUAGGCAUAACGCACCUAAAUUCGAGAACGCCUACAAGUUUGAAGUGCCCCCAGCACUCCCACAGAACGUACCACCUACAAAAUUGCAGUUCCAAUUCCCGCCUCAAGAAGUCCAACUACCAAAUUACCAACAACCUCCACCUUUAAACGUUUACCGCCCACCGCCACCUCAACUUACCCAAUACGUACCUAACCCUCAAGCGAUACGAGCUCCUCAACCGAAUCAACCGAGCACCUAUCAGCAGUACCAACAGUUACCAGUACAGGCAGGACCUCCUCCACAGACAGUACCAUCUUAUAACACGACGUUCUACCAGACAAUUAACCCUUUAAAUAUUAAUCAAGAAUUAGUAGGAUCCUUACAGUUCCAGACCGCUCAAGAAGAGAAGGUACAGCAAUUAAAUGAAAAUAUCCCUACAGAAAAAUCAAAUAACGCUAAAGAUAAUGUCCAAUUAGUCUACGUGCCUUUAGAAAACUUAAAAGGAAACCAGCAAUUUCAACCAGUACCCCAAGGUACUCAAAAUAUCUACAGACAAAUCGAGUCGCCAAGAUACGAAACUCCAAUCGACAAGCCGCAUCGUCUAGCAGCGAUCGAACAAGACUUCAUCCAACAAGCUCUCCAAGCCACCAAACUUCAAGAACAAAUACAACACGGAGAACCUAUCUAUUACCAAGUCAGCACCACCACUUCUAAGCCGAUUAAGAAAAGAAAGCCUCAUCAACCUCCUCUAGCUGUAUAUCUAGAAGGCGAGAAGCAAAGAGCUGACGUUACAGACGUUCUAUCAGCUUUGCAUGAUGCUAAAAGUAUAGCUGUUCAAGAUACCAUACAACCAAACUCACCUGAACUGUUCAUAGGACCAUCAACAUUAGAUUCUCCAGAAUACACCAAAUUUCCUUUACCAUAUCUUAAUAGCAUCGAAGGUAACAGGAUAAGCAAAAAUAUCGACAACUUACCGUUCUUUGUAGCACCGUUAAACUUUAAAGCCCCACCCGGUUUCUCUAAAAUACCUUUACCAGCUCCACAUGUAGGAUCAGUAGUUAUUUCAAAUAAAGAAGAUUUACAUGGCAAAAGAUCUACACCAAGACCUAAUCUAUUUCAAACAGAGAGUUCUAAACAGCUUGGAAAAGACGAUACACCUACUGUGACUCCAAAAACUGAAACUCUUACACAACAACCUUACUUUGGAGAAACUUACUACAAUCAAGGUGCGUUUGUUCCAUCCACACAACCUCAACUACUACAGUUUUCUGUCAACGGACAGAAUAAGCAAUAUAAUCUUCCUGAAGCUGGUUAUAAUCAGCAAAUCAUUGGCAACGAAUAUAACCUACCAUUAAAGUCUGAACCAGAAGUUACCACACAAAUUAAAGAUGUUGUUACCGAUAAUGCUAAAGGUAUACCUGAAUCUUCUUUCCAAUAUAGUUACAGAGAAGAAGCAGCUAAACCUACACCAAAAAAUAGUUACAAAUCUACUGAAGAUCUAAACUACAACGCACCUGGUACAAGUUUAUCAUACACUGGUCCACAAACGUAUACACAAGAAGAUCAAAUACCCUAUCAACAACAGUACAAUGAUUAUAAUGGUGCACAAAAACAAAGUGAUGAUCUGUAUAGAGUAGUUCAACAAGUUAGAUACGAACCAAUCGCCACAACCUUUGAUGCUACUACCAAACCCGAACAACAAACUGUUAACAUUAAACCAAAAGAGACUCGACAAAGACAGAAUACUAAUAAUUAUCUUCCAGAAACUCAACAGAAAUCUCAAUUACCAGACAUAAGCCCACUAGAAUUGGCUAUAAACGAAUUUGAACUACACCAAAUCAAUACGCAGUUAGAAGAAAAGCCUAGAGUUAAGAAUCAGUACAAUUACAAGGAUGAAAAUGUUAACGACGAAUCUGAAUACAAAUUUGAUCCUGAAUUGCAUAGAUUUGCCAGCACUCCUUCUUCUAUUUUAAGAGAUACUUAUGACACUACAACUAGACCAACUACUAAACCAAGAAAUAGAAUCAGAACUAGACCGAAGACUACAACAUUACCUCCACCAGAAGAAGAUGUAGGUUAUACGGUACUAGAAGACUUUUCUAUAAAACAGAAACCCCAGAACAAUGUCCAGUAUGCUACUGAACAGAAGUCUCAAAAUAAUGUCCAAUAUGCUGAACAAAGACCUCAGAAUAAUAUCCAGUAUGCUACUGAACAGAAGUCUCAAAAUACUGUCCAAUAUGUUGAACAAAGACCUCAGAGCAAUAUCCAGUAUCCUACUGAACAGAAGUCUCAAAAUAAUGUUCAUUAUGCUGAACAGAAACCCCAGAACAAUAUCCAGUAUGCUACCGAACAGAAGUCUCAAAACACUGUCCAUUAUGCUGAACAAAAACCCCAAUAUACAAUUCAACAGGACGAAGUACAAACUGAAAGAAUUCCCGCUCAACAGUCUUACAAAAACCCUAGUUACUCGGAUUCCAUUACAGAAGUGGAACAUAUACCGACGAACGUUUACAGUUUGAAUGUUAACAAAGAUGUUGCUUACACACAAACACCUACACCUGAACACGCUUAUACGCUGAAUCAAAAUCUGAUGGAUCGGCAGAUUCUUCAAAACGGUGUCAGACAGAACAAUCAAAAUUACGAGCAACCAACCUAUGAACAACAAGGUCAGUUUGAAGUAACACCUUAUGAGUAUACAGUUCAACCGAAUUUGGAGUCUACCAGAGGACAUUCAAGUGAUUAUGCUUCCAAGGAACAAUAUGGAAGCAAUGAAUAUGGCAGCGCUUUGGAUGACCCAUCCGUGAGAACUUUAUUAGUACCGAAACUUUUAGUACCAACGACUAGUAGUGACGGAGCGUUCACAGCACCAAGUUACCUACCAACUACUGAACAAAUUAGAACUACUGUAACUACUAGUACUACAACAGAAAGACCAAUAGAAACAACUACCCAAUCACGUGUACGAUCUAGAACACGUGGUGGCAAUAGAUUUAACACUUACAGUACAACUAAGAGAUCCGUUUCUAGAAGAAGACCAACAAGAGUUACAACAGAACGCCCUACUAAAUACACACAAGACGAUUAUGGAACAAAAAGUACUGUCACUAAGUCGAGAUUUAGAACCAGAGGACGUACCACACCGAAUAGUAUUACCGAAAGACAAGCUACUACAGAAAAUGAGAUCCAUGAAAUUCCAACUUCAGAACCAGUCAAAAUUAGGACACACCCAGACGGAUCUCAAUCUUAUGCUGAAUACGAUCACUCUGUGGACCCGGGGCAGAUCGUAAAUGUAACACCAGAAGAAGACGAUUAUUCAAACAUCUAUCCAACGUCUGCACGUCCGGUUAUCCAAUAUGAUAAUACUGCUUCCACUCCAAGACCAAACAUAAAUGUACAAAUCACUCACCCAGAUGAAGAAGAUAUACCUAAGGAAAAGGUUAGAGUGCGUGGAAGGAUUAGGGAUAGACCUAGGGGUUCGGGAACAAGUACAGAAAGAGUUAGUACUAGAAGAAUAAUUGAUAAACCAAGGCCAGAGACAGAAGAAAGCGAGGAAGAGUUCUAUGGGUUCUUCAGGAAGCCAGACUUUGGCCCAGCAGCUCAAACACCCGUAGAAAUCCCCACAGUUGCGCCAAGACAUAGAGUAUACGCAUACCAAACACCUAGCCAACAUGGGGAAGAUUAUCAACUAAAUCUUGACAACACUCAUGUUGAAACAUCCACAGUAAGAUUCAUUGGAGAGAUAGUACCAAAAUACACCACCAGCAGAGAGGUUAUAACCGAAAUCGAAACCGAAACACCGAAGCCUAGAAUAAGAACAAGAACCAGGGCCCAGCAAAGAAAAACGCAACCUACUCAAGAACAAGCAACUAGGAGGUCUAAUAUUAUAAGAUCCAGAGGUAAAACUCAUUUCAAACUACCCGAAACCGCAAAUAAAAAUAAAGAAGAUGCCGAAGCUGACGUUGAAGGUGGAAAUUAUCCAGCGCAAUACUUGCAAGGAAGACGAGGAGUAACUACUCCUACUCCAAACUUUCAAAUAACCGUUGCUCCGGAUGAGGAAGACCAAGCUUUGAAUCCUUCUCUGUACAGACCCAGUGUUGUUGCUAGUCCCCAAGAAUGGCAUGAUGCUUCUGAAUAUAAUCAUCAGGAUCAAAAAAAAACCGAUACAAACGUUCUCGAAACCGAUGAAAAUGCUUCAAAACUAACUGACGACCAACCGGAUCACCCAUAUGCUCUUCCAGUAAAAGCAAUAACCGAAGAAGUACCAGUAACAACAACUGGUGUUACCAGCGAUGAACUAUUCAAAGAAACGACUAGAAAAAUAGAAGAACAAUUCGAAGCUAUCAACAAUUUCGACGCAGAAAGACACACUGAAGCUGAAGACGAAGCAAAUACGGAAAAAUCGAAGAAGCAAAAAAGAAGAAAGGGCGUAUGGAAACUAGUUAAACAUCGACCUGUAGAUCCUUUAGAAACGUCUGAAAGUCAAAAUUACUUUUCUGUUUUGAACUCCUACCACGACAUACGAAAGGUUAACUCUGAUGCUGAGAAAGGUUUAAAUGAAGAUCGACCAAAUUUGGACCAAGAAGACUUCAAUCAGUUUGAAAAUGAAGAUUUAGAAGUACAAACUGAAAAUAUUAAAGAAAUUACAACAAAUUUACCCGAAGAAGAAGAACAACAACCAAUUAUAAACACAACUGUUGAAUCUAGCUCUACCAGUACAGAAAGGAAUCUUCCCGUUAGCCAAGAAGAAAAAGAAGACUUUCUAGAUUCGAUAUACGAAAUGUUCGGCAUGUCAAGACAAGAAGAUAAAUCAACCCAUCAACCAAUAGUAGAAACAGAAACAACUCCUCCAGCAACCACGACUCUUAACAACCCAACGUUUCCAGAAGAACUCACAGAACCUCCAUCGCGUUCCUCUACAACGAACACAACUGAAACUCCCGCAGAAAUAGAAACUACGACUUUUGUCACAGAAGACGUUUUCACCACGCCUCAGCUAGAGGCUAAGCACGAGAUUAGGACGUCGACGUUUCACAUCCAACCGUGGCAUAUGAGAGAGGUCGGUCAAGUUAGAACCAGCACUUCGACUGAAGUGUCGCACGAAACUGAAAUUUGCUAUAAGGGCAGGUGUAUAAGGUCGCAUGAUAGGAAGAAGAGGUUGUAGAUGUAAGAAGAGAAACAGUGGUGGGUCGGGAAGGUAAAAUACUUUAAGAUUGAACGACUUAUAAGUAAGGAAGUGCGCAUAGAAGUUUUGGUAAUAGCAUAUUUUAUAUGAUACGUGCACUAGUUGGAAGAAAAUAAUCAGUUGGGAGUUGUUUAAAGAUUAAAGAAUGUAGCGAUCUUAUCAAACAAAUGCAUUGGAGAUAUUUCUAGUGUUCCCACAUCUUUUCUUCACAGAACGUACUAUCCAAACUCAAUUCCUUCACCAUUUUAUGCAUAUCAGGUUUCAUCUUGGUACAUUUGUUGUUUUUUAUGAAUUGAUAAUUGAAAAUGGGAUUGUAGAUCAUUUUUGCUCCUUCCACUAAUUUUAGUAGGGUCUGUUUUCUAUGGAUUUAUUGGCCUUUCUUUCCUUGAUCAAAACAUCGAGUGUUAUACAUAAGGCAUUUAAACUAACCCCAAUAUCAGAUUGAAUAUGGGAUAACAACAGAUCUUUUUGCAUUUCUAAAUUGGGUUCAACUGUAAGGUUUUUACACCUGGACAAUUGUUUGGAAGUACCCUCUUUGUUUACUGUCUUCCGGUUACAUGCCUCUUUUCAAAUAAUUAUCCCAGCGAUUCACCAAUUCUAUAAUCAAUGGAAUGUCUUUUUUGGUAGAUGUUUGGAAGGAUCAUUUCCUAAAAGGUCCAUAAUAUAUUGAUUUAGCAGAAAAGACAGGUUUGGAUGAGAAGACUCCUCAGAUACUGAUGUAGAUUAUAAUAUUCUUCGUCUAUGAGUUAUAACGGUCUUGUCCGAAUUUAUUGAAUAAAGCGAAAAGGAAAUACACAUGUAUAUAUAAAUAUAUACCGGGUGUCCCAUUAUAUUUUUCAACAUUUGGCAAGCUUAUAACUUUUAAAUACUUUUAAAUGAAAGUACUCUUCUUUUAUCUAGUGCUUCUAUCAUAUAAAAUAUGCUGCUACCAAGUAUUUUAUAAGGACCGGACUACGAAUUAUAAUUAGUAAAUCUGUUUAUGAUUGAUGAAAAUUUAAUAAAAUCAGUCAAGUUCAGUCUUUUUCAAAAAACGAGAUGGUAAUCUGCUAAUUUUAAUUUUCGUGUUUUUAAAAUUAAGACACCGUCCCAUCACUGUUUAUAGAGAUUUUGAAUAAUAUAGUAUCAUGUUCCAUUUAUGACAAUAUACAAACGUUAAAAAAAAUAUAAAUAAAAUAAACUGUAGCCAGUGUUAGAGAAAAUAUUACAAGGUUGGUUGAACUGUAGAAAAAGUUUCGGUAAUAAACAACUGCAAUAUGUGCAAAAGUGUCGCCAUAUUGUAAAAUUGAUGUUAGGACUUUAAAACAAUUGCCUAGUGAUUUAAAAUUUAUAAGUAGGUCAAUCCAAAGUUAUUUUGUAAAAACAGAGAUAGUGUUUUUUAAUAUUAAAUAAAUAUAAUUGUUUUUUUAAUUCUGUAGAAUUUUGAGUAAGUAAAAAAAUACAAGG